AUGUUCAGACAAUCUACCCAAACAUUGAAAAUUCUAAUAUUUGUAAAAAUAUUUAUUUUGGCUGUUUGGUUGGAUUGCCAGAAGAUUGAUGAAAAUACGCUCUGUAGUAGCGGAAAUAGUAACAAGUGUAACAAAAAUUUAUCAAAUAUAAUCAAUAAAAAAAUACUUAUAAAACUCUUGGUUUUAGUCAGACGUCCUAAUUUUAGAACGGAACCAGUCGAGCUAAUAUGCCCAAAGAAAACGAAACUGGCUAAUUCCAAAAAUAAUACUUCAAUGGGACUUUAUAAAGUACCUGCAGAAAUGUGGAAGAGCGUCGAAAGUGUGGGUGUGGUGUGGCUUACAAUUCUUUGCAAUAAAAUUUUGUCAAGUCGUUGCAUACUAAACAGUUAA